AUGCGAGUCAGCUCGAUCCUCUUCGUCUUCAUCGUGGAAACGAGCGUCAAAGCAGCCAAGACUGCAACACGCGCCUCGUCAUUUGCAGGCUCUACUACCGCAGCGAUCUUUCCGCCAGUUGGAGCCGGCACCACGGCGAACUCGCUAUUCCCCGAUCCCACCGUCGUAGGCUACGCUGGACCAACAAUCACGGGGGACGAGGCUGCGGUAUUGCAGACCGCACCAGCUGCCCCGUUUGUUGAUUCCAUCGUUCCGCUCGUUGAACCGCAACCGCUAGAGGCAGCGCCGACUUCCUCGUUCGACAUCUUGACACAUCUCGGGUCAUUGUCACCGUUUCGGUCCCUCCCGCCAGCCACGUUCGGUGUCAUAAACGCCUCUUCAGUGGUGCCGGACGACUGCACACUGACACAGGUCCAUUUACUCCAUCGCCAUGGAGCGCGUUACCCAACCAUCGGCGCGAACGAGGUUGCCGCAGCCGUGCAUGCAGCGGCAACAAGCGAAGAAGGCUUUGAAGCAACGGGACCCCUCAAGUUCUUGAACACAUGGACAUACAAACUCGGAGCUGAGAUCUUGACGCCAUUCGGGCGGUCACAAAUGUUCAACCUAGGCAUGGGAUUCCGUGUUAAAUAUGGCGAAUUGCUAAAAGAGGCGACGGAGCUGCCUGUGUUUCGAACACUUUCUGAAGAACGUAUGGUUGACUCCAGCCUUCAUUUCGCUGCAGGGUUUUUUGGUGUCCAAUCUUACUCGACAUCCUACCACCAGCUCAUCGAGAUAGAAGACGAUUCGGGUUCCCCGGACUCGUUCAUCGGCAACAGUACACUCUCGCCCUUCAAUUGUCCGAUCCUCGAUUCAGAUGUCGGCAGUUUCGGGGGGCAGCAGGCAGAGAUAUGGGGACUGAAGUAUCUGAAUGCGACCCAAAAGCGUCUGCAGAAGUUCAUUAAGGGUAACUUGACAUUGGACGCCAGCACAAUCUUCGCAAUGCAGAGCCUUUGCGCAUAUGAGACAGUGGCGCUGGGGUAUUCUUCAUUUUGUGGUCUUUUCACCGAAGAGGAGUGGAGGGGAUAUAACUACUUCUUCGACCUCGACUUUUGGUACUCGUAUGGCCCAGGCUCACCCUACUCAGCGGCGCUCGGUAUCGGGUGGGUCCAAGAGCUCGUGUCUCGCUUGACAGAGACCCGUCUCGGCCCUGCCAACUUCACCACCUCCCUCAACGCCUCAAUCGUCACCAAUCCGACUCUUUUCCCCUUCGCUCAACCAAUCUACGUGGAUGCGACCCAUGACACAGUUGUUGCUGCGGUCGUCACUGCCCUCAAUUUCACCAGUCUUGCGGGAAAUGGGCCGCUUCCGACAGACCACAUCCCUAAGAAUCAGACGUACUUUGCGCAACAAAUAUCCCCCUUUGGCGCAAACCUAGUGGGCCAGGUCCUCUCUUGCCCCAGCCGAAGUCCUGCUUCCUCUUCAAGUUCCGCGUCGGCUUCCACCCACAUCCGUUGGUUGUUGAAUGAUGCAGUGGUGCCCCUAACGGGUCUUUCUGGCUGUGCAUCCAACGAAGCCGAUGACGGACUCUGUCCGCUGAUGAAUUUCGUGGCCGGGCUCGAGCAGCGCAUUGCUGAGGUGGACUUCGGGUUUGCUUGUUUCGGGAACUACGGUGUUCCGACGCCGGAUAACAUUAUCGAUGGCCGUUAUCCUCAGUAG